AUGCAACCUGGGAUAAUCUCACCUCGAGCUGGUAUAGAUUCGGUCAAGCCUAGUACACUGGUAUUCCACAGAGUCUCUUCCCAUACUGCUAUCAAUGCAAUCACGCCACCGUACCAAACCACUUCAACCUCACCCGUCAUACCACUCCCCCCCCUGUCGCUCGUGCUGAAGAUCAUGAAACCUAUGUCCUUCAAAUCAUCCGGAAACUCCGAAGAUGACGAAGAAUCCUCCUUCGGAGCUCUGUCCUAUCAUCCCGCAGAAUACAAAGACGCGGACGCAGCUGUGAAAGCGGCUUACAAUGAAGAUAUCAUGUACCAUCACCUUCUCAACUUCCAAGGCACGGUGUUACCGAACUAUCACGGUCUUUUCGUCUGGCCAAGCAGUGACGAGGACGAUACGCAAGUACCUGGACUGAUGGCGAUGUUAUUGGAAGAUCUGGGAGCACAAAUACCUCCUGAAGACAUGGACUCCAUAGAUGUAUCUGAGGAAGAAUGUAAACAAAUCCGACGAAUCUAUGAUCAGUUGCACGACGAAGCUAAAAUCGUUCAUGUCUUCCCUCAACUAUGGCACAUCCUGCGCAGAAAGGAAAUUAAACCCGGUGACCCUAAUCAUUUGGUAGUAAUCGAUUUUGCAAACGCUAGAUCACUUUCAGAUGAAGCGCUUUCCGAAAAACAACGCGGACGACUGCUCAAGUUGGAUACAUGUAGACUUGGUAUGUCGUUCAGCACUCAUAAAUGGUAA